AUGGAUCAUCUUGAACCAUUAUUAAAAAGUAUAUUUCCCGAUUCUAAAAUUUGCCAAAAAAUGAGGUUAAAACGAACAAAAGCAACAAACAUCAUAAAAAAUAUAAUUUCUCCUGUUGAAAAAGAAUCGCUAUCGAGUAUACUAAAUAAAACUAAAUUUUCUGUCAUGAUUGACGAAUCCACUGAUAUUGCAUGUAUAUCAACAAUGUGUAUUGUUGUACGCUAUAGUGGUGAUAAUAAGAUUAAAACACAGUUUUGGGAUUUGUUACCCGUGUAUAAUUUGGAAAACCCCGAGGAAGUUAAUGCUGGCGCUACCGCUGAAAACAUUUUCAUAAAUGUUAUUGAUGCGUUCAAAAAGCAUAAUGUCAAUGUUGAAAAUAUAAUAGGAUUUGGGUCCGAUGGUUGUUCGACGAUGAUGGGUAAAAAUAAUUCGGUGUCUAGCAGAAUGAAAGAAAUGUUUCCUGGUGUAUUUAUAAUGAAAUGUAUAUGCCAUUCACUACAUUUAGUUUGUAGUGAAGCUUGUAAAUCGUUACCAAGGAGGUUAGAAGAUUUUGCUCGAAACGUUUUUAAUUUCUUUUCUCAUAGUAGCAAACGACAAAGGCAAUUCGUCCAGUUUCAAGUAUUUUUGAAUUUAGAUGUGCACAGAAUAUUACAUCCUUCCCAAACAAGGUGGCUUUCCUUGUUUAGUGUUGUUGAGCGAUUAUUGGAACAGUGGGAUGCCCUUCAAUUAUUUUUCAGUGAAAAGUGGCUAUCAGAAAAAUUAUUAUCGGCAGAAUCUAUUUUUAACCAGCUAAACGAUCCAUUUACGAAAGGAUUUUUUUAUUUUCUUGAGUGGAUUUUACCCAAAUUCACUAUGCUCAACCAAUAUUUUCAAACAGAUCAAAUAGUUUUAAAUACAUUACAUGAAAAAAUGGAAAUAUCUUAUAAAGAUUUAUUAAUGGUCUAUAUGAAAAGAGAUUAUGUUUUAAAAACUCCCCUAUCAGGACCCAAUGCGUAA